AUGAGUGCUGCUGAUUCUCCAUUGGCGUCUCCAUUGCCGCGAACGAGCUCCCUCUCGAGCAGCAGCGCCAACGCGCAACACCAGAGCACCAGCCGUAGCGUGACGCCUGCCACUCCAAUCGCACCCAACAGCAGCAGUGGGACUGGCAGCGGCAGCAAUAGCAGCAAUGGCGGUGAAGCAGCAGCCACCGGCCAGUAUCCCACUCGCAUUGGCCUGAGCGAGGAAGCAUUCAAGAACGUUGUUCAUGGCGGAUCGCGGCCCAAAACCAUUCAAGUGAGCCCGGACAUCUUCAAAGACUCGUCACUGAGGAACGAUCUCGUUCGGUUGAUCAUUCAGUAUCUCCAGGACGAAGGCUACUCCAUAUCGCAAAUGGUCCUGCAAGAUGAAGCCAAUACGAAACUGAACGAGCAACGUGCGGAUCAGUCGCAUGUCAAGCGCAUGCGCAAGGCAAUUCUAGACGGAGACUGGCCAGAAGUCGAAAAGCUCUGCACCCGCGGCAUCUUUAGCGGACAUAGCAGCUUUCUACAUGCCAUUUACCGCCAGCAGUUCCUCGAGAUGGUCGAGCGAUCCGAGUACCAGAAUGCCUUUUCGUUUCUAACCAAGCGACUCAAGCCGUUGGAGCACGUCAACCCGGACGAGUUCAAGGACAUGUGCUACGUGCUCACUGCCAAGUCAGUGCAGGAUGCACCUUCGUUUUCGACUUGGGAGGGCAGCGCUGCGCGGCGAAAGCUCGUCAAGCACUUCCAAACGCUCUUGGACUAUGAAGUCACGAGUAGCAGUCUCGUGCAAGUGCCGCCGACGCGCUUGCUCGAGCUCUUGCGUCAGGCCAUUGCGUACCAGAUUGAGUUUAGUCGAUACCACCCCAAGGUGAUUCCGAAAAUCGAAACCCUGAUGCAGGAUUACACAUCGUUCGUCCUUCCAAACGCCUGUCGAACAACGCUCAAAGGCCACACUGACAGCGUCAAGUGCGUCGACUGGUGCGGCGACGAAGGCUUGCGCAUUGUCUCGGGGUCGAGUGACAACACGGUGCGCUUGUGGUGGACGGAAACGGGCCAGUGCUUGGGCGUGCUGCGUGGGCACUUGGGCCGUGUGUGGGAUGUGUGUGCCUCCCGGGACGGCAACAUGGUUGCAAGUGCGUCCGCGGACGGCACUGUUCGCAUCUGGAAUGUCUCGCACGAAGACUUGCACUUGCCAGUUGCAGCAUCCGCUUCUAGCGCUGCCUUGUCGGCUGCGGGGUCGCAACAUCUGACAGGCACCUCGCCCGUCCCUGCGCCUGCAAUCGAUGUGGCUCCGUAUGUUGACCCGUCUUCGCUGCACGAGCGAGACCCGGAGGUCGUUCAAACGUUCAAUCUCUGCCGUUCCGUGUUGUCUGGUACUGGUGGUGAUUUGUACUCGGUCAAGAUCCAUCCGGGCGGCAAUCACGUUGCUUUCGGUGGCUACGAUAAGGUUGUGCACCUGUACGACCUCCGCAGCAGCACUAGUGCCAAGACGUUUGUUGGCCACGAACUGUCCGUUUCGUGCGUCUCCUUCAACAGCUAUGGCAAUCUCGUGAUUUCUGGAUCCAAGGACCGCACCGUUCGAUUCUGGGAUAUCGGCAGCGGGCUGUGUGUUCAUACCUUUUCUGGCGGAUUGGGCGAGGUGACGUCUGUCGAAUCCAGCUCCAGUGGCUCUCAGCUCGUCGUUGCUUUCAAAGACAACUCCAAUCGGCUCUUUGAUUUGCGCAUGAUGCGGCCUGUUCGGCGCUUCCGUGGACACCAGAACACGUCCAAGAGCUUUAUUCGAGCCGGCUUUGGUCCAACCCAGGAUUUGAUAGCGAGCGGUUCCGAGGAAGGCAGCAUUCACAUCUGGGACCUAAAGAGUGGCAAUGUGCUUCAGCGAUUGGAGGGACAUUCUGGAGUUGUGUAUAGCGCACGCUGGAACGCGCGACAGUCGCUGAUUGCCAGUUGCUCUGACGAUUAUACCGUGAAAACCUGGUGGUAUGACGACACGCGACCAGUGUUCAUUGACAAUAACUGAAACGUUGAUGAUAUUGUACAAUAGUGCAGAUUCGAACAAAUCCAAAUGUUAAAAAUUCCAG